UAAUUGUAUAACUUUAGGGUGGAAUACCUUUCCAAAAACCACUAUGAGACUUAUUGACUAUGUACAUUUUUUACAUUGAGACUAUGGCUCAAGGACUAUGUGUGUAAUGCUGUUCAUUCAGAGAGCUACACCCAUCUGCAGGAGUGGCCGUAGCGUUAGGUCAGCCCUUAAACAGUCUUACUUUGCCACACACUGAAGCAGCAUCUGUGACCGGCCACACACACAUACAGCUGUCAGAUUAUGGAAAAGGGUCCACUUCCUCCUCCGUAUCCGGGACCACCCACAAAUCCUGACUAUGGGGCUGUAUAUCCCCCAUAUCCUGCCCAGCCAGGUCCAGCCCAACCUCCACCAGCUCAAUAUGUAAUGAACCAGCCAGCACAAGUGGUGACAGUGGUGGUAGCAGCACCAAAUUUGACUGAUGUCCCUGGUCAGAUGCAGUGUCCUCAUUGUAAGUCCGACAUUGUGACUGAAACCAGACACACUACUGGCCUUUUGACCUGGCUCAUAUGUGGUGGCCUCUUCCUGUUCUUUUUCUGGCCAUGUGCUUUCAUUCCAUUCUGUGUGGACUCCUGUAAGGAUGUGGAGCACAUUUGCCCACAAUGCCACCAGAAAGUGUACCACUACAAACGCUUGUGAAAGCCCUGCUUCCCCAACAGAUCAUUGCAAAUGAAUCAAACAAGGUUGGAAACAAAACAUUCUAAUCCACGGAAAAUGGAGGACACACAUCUAAUUCUCUCUGUCCAUCUGAUAUUCUUCAACAUCUUCAACAGUGACAAUUCUAGAAAAAACUGAUGAGGUGGCCGGGUUGUUGUCGGGCUGUUGUUGUUUUUAUGAUGUAUUUACUGUAUAUCCACUGUUUGGUGAACCUUUAUGUUGUAUUUAUGUGUAUUUAUGAAUGUGUUCUCUCUGCUGGCUGCAUAACAAAUUUGAAGACUCAAAGAGGGGUGGCACAUAAAUUUAAUAUGCGAAAAGUAAAACAAUACAUAUUAAACUCUUAGAUUCAAUACUAUAUAAAUGAAUUAUGCAUUAUUGACAACAAACUGUUUAUUUUAUAUAAAGAAGAAUUGAAAAUAAACAAUUUGACAUGUGAACCAGCAAAUAACUUGGAUUUUUGUAAACGUGAAGCACAUAACUUGGUAGAUGCAAUGCAACAAGAAAGAAAGUAGCCAGUAGUAUAGCCAACUAGAAAGUUGUCCACCCUACAGGCUAGAUGUGCAAUGCAUGAAUAGAAAACUUUACAAUGGAAGAAAUUGUAAUUAAAAUUUUGUUGUACCUGUGACAAUGACAAUAAAGACCUAUUCUAAAUGUACACGUCAACAUGUGCCCAUUAAUAUAGCCUAAAUCAUCUGGCCAACAUCAAAUCAUAUAAAAUGCUUGUUUUGGCUAAGAAAGCAAAUUUUCUUGAAGAUGUUUCGUGCUGACAAGCCCAUUAUCUGAUCCCUGCUAAGGUGGCUGAAUGGAUUUUUGGGGUGGCCUGUGCCACCCUGUGCUCUGUGCAUCUGGCUCUGGCCCUGUAAUUCUUGACUGAAUGGGGGUUCUCAACUGUUGUAGAAAGAAAUGGCUGAUCUUUAAUGCAAUAUCUGCAUUGCCCAUUAUCCAAUAUUCCAAAGACACAUUCUGUUUACUAAUCUGAUGUCAUUUUACAGUAAAAGGUUAACUGAAAAAAACAUCUGAGAACCCUUUUACAAUUAUGUAAGUACAUAAUGUAAUCUGAAAACUGCUGUCCUGAUUAAAAAGAAACAAUGCAACUGA